CCUAAUUUACAUAUGGAUGAGCAAUCUAUAGAACUAUAUACUAUUGAUUAUGACAACAUCAGACAUUUCUACUCUAACCUCAAACGAUCAAAAAUAAAAUGUAUUUUCAAUAUACAAUAUAAAUAAAAAUAACAAAAUGGGUAACGAGCAGUCUUACAUUCCAGGUAUUGAAAUAGUCCAAAAAGCCAUAGAAGUUUCUGAUUAUUGGUCACAGCAUUCAGCAGCCAUUAUUAAUCCAGAAAAUAUUACCAAUUUAACAGUUUUUAUUGGAGAACUAUUUGUCAAUGGAUCAUUGUGGGUUUCUCAAACCCCUCUUGAGAAAAAUGGAAAAAACAUAAUGAUAUAUAGACAUCCAAGUAUAGUGAAGUAUAUAUCUUCCUGGCAAAAGAACUCCAAAUUUUAUUUAGCUGUAGAAGAAAUAUGUCCGUUAUCACAAGAGUUGCCAAAAUUAAACGAUCUUCAAAUUUCCAUAGGGUUAUAUUCUAUUUUGAAAGCACUGAACUUUUUACAUACCAAUGCCUCUGUAUCGCAUAACAAUAUUUGUACAGCCUCUAUUUAUGUAUCAAAGGACGGGAAUUGGAAAUUGGCAGGAAUGGAGUAUCUGUGCAAAUAUAAUGAUUUGAACUGUGAUUAUUUGACCAAAACCAAAUCGAGUAGAUAUAGCAAAUCUGUAGAUCCUAAUGAAGAUAAAUUUCUUCAGAACAAGUUAAAUAGGAAAGAUUUUAUAGAUGUGUAUGCAUUUGGGGUUUUAGUUUGCGAGAUUUUGAAAUCCAAAACCGACAGUGACGUACCUUUAUUAUUACCCUUCCUAGAUUUUUGUAAAAGUGAUUUACAAAAUCCUGACAUAUCAAAAAGGCCAACAUUCAAAACCAUAUUGGAGCACGAUUUUUUUAACCACGAUUUCAUCAUCAUCCAUUCGUUCCUAUUGGAACUUCCCCUAAAAAAUGAUACAGAGAAAAUGCAUUUUUUCCAAAAUCUUACAGAAAAAUUACUACAAUUCGAUGAAGAGGUAGUCGCUUCACAACUUAGCGGUCUAUUAUUGUCCAGACUGGUUUUAUUAAACAAGUCUGCACAAAAUAGUUUACUGCCAUCUUUAUUGACGCCUCAUGAUGAUGAAGAGGAAAUUUCGACACUAAUAUUUUCCGAAAAGGGUUUUAAGAAAUAUGUUUGUCCAAAAUUGCUGGAUAUUUUUAAAGUUCGUGAUGUUGAAAUUCGUCUGUUGCUUUUGAAUUAUUUCCCAAAAUAUAUGCAUACCUUUACCAAAGAUGAACUACAAAGUAAAAUCCUGCCUGAGCUUUUAGUGGGAAUCAAAGACACUAACGACCAUCUAGUAUCAAUGACUCUAAAAACCUUAGCGAACUUAGUGCCAAUUUUGGGUUCGACAAUAGUGGUAGGCGGUAAAAGGGCAAAACUUUUUAACGACGGCCGACCAACGAACACAGUCCGGAGGUCCACCAGAAGCAUAAGAACGUCUAUCGCAUCUUCUCGAGCCGUACAAGAAACCGACCAAAUAAGUAUAAAUAGUUUAGCAACAGAACUGAAUAAUAUAAACGAUUUACCAGAACGACCGAGACCCGAUGGCGAAGAAGGUGAAACGUCUACUGAAGAAGUAGAACCGUCCGUAGAUGAAGAUGUGGAUAAUUGGGAAGAUUGGGAUAUAAACGAAUCUCUUCAGAAUAAUAAUACUGUUCAUGAAACAAUUUUGAAUGAAGAAAUGUCCAUUCUAGAUACUGAACCAAGUGUUAUUCUAGAUUCCGAAGUAAAUGUUACCAAUAAAUCCAAAUUAAAAAUUCCAGAUAUUCUGGAAUUAGAUAUAAAAAAUCAAAUGGCAGCCGAGGAAGAGGGCGACUUCAAUUUUUUCCAAGAUAUGGAGCCAGUAAUACAAAAGUCGAACAAAUUUAUUAUAGAUGAUAGCAAGAACGAGGUUUCUUUAGAAACAGAACUUUGUAAUAAACUUGCUGUAAAUGCAACUGAUGAUGAGAACCAUACAGGGUGGGAAGAGGAAGACUGGGAUUAAUUGUAGAUU